ACAAAUUGUUUUUAAAAAAUAAAAUUUUUAGAAAAAAUUAUCGUUUUCAUCAGGAAAAAAGAAAAAAAAGGCUUAAUUUUUGUUCACAUGAGUCAUGCGCUGUACUUAACAAUGUUCUGACACCUGACAGAAGAUUUGAGUAGGAGGAGGAGGAGAUGGUAAAAAGUACUUGAUUCAAGCAGCUGUGUCAACGAGUUGUCAAAUUGUUCUCGUUAAAAAGUGACAGUUUUUUGUUAAAUUAACGUUGCAUUUAACAUUAUAGGAAAUAAAAAUGGAAACAUACGAAAGUGUACUGCUGGUAAAGUCUGAAGUUUUUGUUUUUAAAAUACCACCGAGAGCUACUAAUAGGGGUUAUCGAGCAGCGGACUGGAAUUUACAAGAACCUACAUGGACAGGACGUAUGCGAUUAGUGUCUCAAGGAGAUGCAGUCACAUUAAAAUUAGAAGAUAAAAUGAGUGGUGAACUCUUUGCUAAAUGUCCCAUUGAACAAUAUCCUGGAAUAGCUGUUGAAGCAGUAACUGAUUCAUCGCGAUAUUUUGUUUUAAGAAUUCAGGACGAUAAUGGCCGUUCAGCAUUCAUUGGUGUUGGCUUUUUGGAUCGAUCCGAUAGUUUUGAUCUCAAUGUUGCAUUGCAAGAUCAUUUUAAAUGGUUGAAAAAUCGUGAUCAAAUUGAAAAAGAAAAAGAAAAACCAAAACAAGAAUUAGACCUUCGAUUCAAAGAAGGAGAAACAAUUAAAAUCGAUAUGAAAAUAACAAAAAAAGAUGGCAGUGAAGUUGCAUCGAAAUCGAAACAACGAACCAGUACUGGAGCUGGUCUUCCACCACCUCCGGGAAGUAUUAAAAUUGCACCACCACCAGCAAAAACUCCAACAUCCUCGCCAGCUCAUAAACCAGCGCAAGGUGAAAAAACACCAAAUAAUCCAGAAUGGGGUGAAUUUGCCAGUGCAUCACAACAACAAUCAGCACCACCAACAACCAAUGCAAGCUGGGUACAAUUCUAAUUUUUUUCAUUUUAAAAAUAACAUAAACAAAAUUUAAUUAUAGUUUUAAAAGAAAAAGAAUUUCUAUGAUAUGUAUAUUUGAAAUAGUAAUGUUAUAGUUGUAUUUAGAGCCUUUUAGAUGAUGUUUGAUUAAAUCGAGUCAAGGAAAUUAUUUAAGGCAAAGAUAUUUUAUCUUUGUUAUUAAUGAAAAAUUAACAUCAAAAAUAAAUCCUUGAUCUCGUGUAAACAAAGUUCUCCGUAGUUUAAGUUAUAGGUUUAAAAGAAUCCAUGUGAAAGCAAAUAGUUCACAAAUAUUGAUUGAAUGAAACCUAUUCAAAUAAACAUAUAUUGAAUACUUGAGAUUACUCGAAAACAGAAAUGUCAGAGUUAUAUUAAUAUUCACUUAGAUUAUAAAAUGAAUGAUGAGCGUUUAAAUUUAUAUUAGUUGAAAAUAUUUGUAAAGCUCUAUCGCUAAUGUUCAAUAUAUAAAUAUAUAUAUAGGAAUAUAGUAAUGCGUGCAACGCACAGAUUUUCAAAAUAAUACUUCAAAUACAAAAAAAAAUAUAUCAUGUGAAAGCAUAAAACUAGUAAAAAAAAAAAUAUUUCUUGGGCUUUCAUUUAUUUUUUUAAAAAAAAAGACGAGGUGGAUAUAAGACUUUAGUAGUUUUUUCUCUUUAUCAUCAUUUACAAACGCCAAAAUGCGGCUCACUCGAAUUAUAAAAAUUCAAAAUUAAUUAUUUUUAUACAAAAGUAUUAGAGAGAGAGUAGCAGUGGCACAUUAAUGUUAAAUUAAUACUAUAUAAAAAAAACACUUUACGGAAUUAAGAAUUUUCGUAAAUAGACAACAUUGUCGUUAACGACAUUAUCUUCAUUUUUUUAUUAAUUAUCAUCACGUAGUGAGAUUGAUUCCAAUUUAAAACUAUUUUUUACUUUAAAAAUAAAUAUAAUUUCAUAUUUAUUAUAAAUAUUUUUUAUUGUAACCAAGUUUAUUAUAAUAUUUAAUAUUAUUUGUUGCAGAUAAAAUUUUGUUAUUAAAAAAAAAAAUGAAUCUGCAGUAUUAUAUUUAUGUAUAUUUGUGCACUUCAGUAUUUUGUUAAAAACAAUAUUCUAUAAUAAUUUAAAAAAAAUAACUAAUCAAGUAGCAUUCUUAAAAAAAAUUGCACAAUUUGUUUUGCUAUUAAAAAAAAAAUUAUUAAUUACUGUAAACUACUGAUUAUAAUGCUGAAUAUUUAUUUUGCUAAUAGAUAAUAUUAAUGCUUGCCUAACACUAGAAAACACCUUCUAGUUUGCCGAAUAUAAUGCGUACUGAAAAAAAAACUCACUUUUUUUAGAUAACCUUCUUUUAUUUAGAAAGUAAUUAAAAUUAUAUAUUUAAAUAAUUAAUUCCUAUUUACUUUUUAAACGAAAGAAGAUUAUGAAAAUUGUUCAUAAAAAAGUGAUAUAUAAACAAGGAUUACUAUUCACAUAAUGUAGAAUAAUAUUUUAGUCUUGUGUAUAAAAUAACUCAAAAAAAAGAAAUCUUCAUAGAGAACUACACUUGUUUUCAUAAACAAAUUGUG